AUGACCAGCGCCCAGUCUGACUGCAAGGUACACAUGACACCAACUUACUUUGUGUCUCGCUAUUACGGACAGGUAUUAUUGAACCCCCACAAAACAGUACUAACGCAAGAGCGCGUGCAACGGCGCGGUAGUUGGGGCCAAGGUCGGGAUGCCCGUCGAUCCGCUACACAGCAAGUCUUACCGUACAGUCCGAUGUACAAGUACCGCAUUCCCGCCAUGGUAGAUUGUGUGAGUCUAGAAAGGGAGUGUUGGGUGCUACAGUAUUUUGCAGAUGCUGAGGUUCAGAAGAAAAUCGCGCGCGUCACGCAACUCAAUGUGGAUGGCAUCCCACAGUGUGAGCUCCAAAGCGAUUCCAACCCCGUGCAACAGCAAGACUUUGCGCGACCCAUGCCCUCCAAUCUGUAUAACCCAAGGCUUACUGAGGCUUGA